AUGUCACCUCAAUCUCCAUUCGCUGUAUCUGCAUCAGAGACGCAGCCUUUGCUAAAGGACGCAACACAAACUACAUACGAGUCCGUCGAUGGCUCCGUAGACCUCGAGGACCACGAAGAGGAAUCUCCGUCUUCGGGUCCUGCCACAAAACCAGUCUCCCGAGCAGAUCUGACAUGGAUUCUCAUCGGGCUCUGGAGUGCUGUAUUCUUGGGAGCUCUCGACGGGACCAUCGUGGCCACGCUCAUGACACCCAUUGGCAGCUAUUUCCACAAAUCGAACCAAGCAUCUUAUAUCGGAACUAGUUUCCUAUUGUCCGUGUGUUGUUUUACUCCUCUAUACGGGCGCCUCUGUGACAUUUUGGGCCGACGAGGAGCGAUGCUCCUGGGCCUCUCUUUCUUCGGCCUGGGUACUGCAAUGUGCGGCCUGGCACCCUCCAUGGAGGCAUUAAUCGUUGCUCGUGCAGUCGCCGGCAUGGGCGGAGGUGGGCGUCUACUGACCCAAUACGUAGUGUCAAGCGUGGCUGUGACAGAUCUUAUACCGCUCAAACAGAGAGGGCUAUAUCAAGGGCUUGCAAAUAUAUUAUUCGGCUUGGGGGCGGGUAUCGGAGGACCCCUUGGAGGAUGGUUGAAUGAUGCCUUUGGAUGGCGAUCGGCGUUUCUGUUCCAGAUCCCGAUCCUUGUGAUAUCCUUCAUUUUAGUUGCAGUAAAGGUCGACAUACCACUGCCCGCUGCUGUUCAAGAGCAAAGCCUGUUCGAUCGAAUCAAGCGCAUGGACUUCUUCGGCUCAGUCACUCUUGUCGGAACUGUCGGUUCUCUGUUGUUGGGAUUCAGUCUUAAGACGACCGAGGACCUACCAUGGUCAAAUCCACUUAUAUAUGGCCUGUUCAUCGCCAGCGCGGUUUUCUGUGUUCUUUUCGUGCUUGUCGAGUCGCGAUGGGCACCGUAUCCGGUUAUGCCCUUACAUCUUAUUACACAGAGAACUCCGCUCGCCGUGUCAUUGACAAACUUCUUCGGCAGUGUGAUUGCAUUUUCCAUGGUAAGUUACCCAUCAGUUUCAGAUAGUCCCUCCCCUGUACUAAUACAGUCACUUCAUAUAGGCUCGCAUCUACUUCCACACUCGAUCGCUCUCUCAACCGGCAGUGUAUUCGCUGGAUGGCAAUAUGCCCUAAAUAUUAUCGUCUCAGUACUGGUCUCUCACAACAGGAUGAUGCGGCGAACGGGGAAACUUUAUACCCUUACCCUUGUAUCCGCCCUGCUCUCCGUCCUCGCAAACAUCCUCGUCACGCUUUGGAACAACGACACGCCACAGUGGCACCUGUGGUUAGAUAUCGUCCCACAAGGAUUCGGCAUGGCAAGCCUCAUCACCAGCACUCUCAUAGCUAUGAUUGCGGGGGUCACCAAAGGUGAUCUGGCGGUCGCCACAGGGAUCACGUAUCUGUUCAGAACGACAGGACAAGUACUCGGAGUCAGUCUCAGCGGUACUGUCCUGCAGGCUGUUCUGCUUCAGAAGCUUCGCGAGCGCAUCACUGGCCCUAACGCUGGAGAAGUAAGUUUUCGACACUCAACAGAGGUGAUACCGACAUUAGACCCAUACGACCGCCAAGCAGCUAUAGAUUCCUAUGCAGAUGCUCUGCGCGUCGUCUUCAUCUGUCAAACCGCGUUAAGUGUGGUGAUGUUAAUAUGUUGUGUGCCGAUACAGGAGAACCCAUUGCCGUAUGUGUCUGCUCACGAUGCUUGUUCAAGCCACUGA